AUGCGACUCUCUGUUUCUUCUCCCGCUGUGCGCGACGUUUCUCGGCUUUGUGUCCGGUGUCAACUCCGAGCUCGCCGAGCUUCGACUCUUGUGCCAUCGCAUCGACCAUCUGUCACAGCGACGCCCACACGACAUCAUGUAGCUCUCGCAGUGGCGGUUCGGGGCCCAGCUGUGAAUAGAGCUCAUGCCCGCGCCGUAUCUAGUGCCGCGCAGCCUGAGCAAGAACCGGCCUCGUCCAGCGCACCACCCUCGACACACUAUGACCUGUUCCCCGAGACGCUUCCCGAUGGUCCUCCUCCGGCAGGACACUUUCCUAUCGAUACUCGUGCUCUGCGCCGUGAGUUUCUCCGUCUGCAAGCUCGGGCUCAUCCGGAUAUGCAUCCUACUCAGGACAAAGCUCGUGCCGAGGCCAUGUCAGCACGCAUAAAUGAGGCUUAUAAGACGCUUUCUAACCCUCUUCUUCGAGCACAAUAUCUACUCUCCCUUCGAGGCGUCGACGUCGCCAACGACGAGACCCUCAAGGUAGAAGAGCCAGAACUAUUAAUACUUGUGCUUGAGGCACGCGAGGAGAUUGAGGAUGCCGAGCACGAAGAGGAUCUAGACGAACCUCGUGCUGCGAAUGAUGCACGGAUUGUGGAGAGCGAACAGGUGCUGGAGCGUGCGUUUCAGCAUGAUGAUAUCGAGGCUGCGAAACAUGAGGCUGUGCGUCUGCGCUAUUGGGUCAAUAUCAAGGAAAGUUUGGAUAACUGGGAGAGGGGCCAUCAUGUUGUGUUACAGCAUUAA